AUGCUGCAGGGGAGAGAACCGACUGCAGGAGUAUGCCCGAAGGUUCAGUCGGCAGCAGAUAUGUCCGCAGAAAGUUCUGGGGGCAGGAGGGAAUUUCACCGGCAGGAAUGGCUACAGGAGAAAGUUCCAGUGGUAGGAAAGCCAUCACUGGAUAGGUCCUACUGUAGGGAAAAUCCCAUGCAAUUGCCCAAAUGUAGAGAGGUCUCUGGUUUUGAUGGCUGCUUGGAGAAGGCCCGGUUGGAAACGCAGCUCCCCCUGAUGUUUGGGCAGGGAAAAAAAAUACUGCAGGAGAAAUGGUGGCGGCAUCGCUGGUGCCUGCUGACAAUAAAUUUGGUGAGCAAGAACAUAUUCAAGCAGUUACAAGAAGAAUCUCCUGUAAAACCUGUAGAAUAUAACAAGUUUUUGGUGCUAUCUCUCGGCACUGGAGCAGCUAAAUUUGAAGUGAAGUAUGAUGCAAAGAAUGCAGCUAAGUGGGGUAUUCUUCCAUGGCUAUUUUAUAAUGGCCAUGCGCCUAUCAUAGAUAUUUACUCCCGAGGUAGUGCAGACAUGACUGAUAUAUUAACAUCCAUACUUUUCCAAACUCAGCAUUCUGAGAAAAAUUAUGUUCGACUUAAGGAUGAUGCAUUGAGUGGAGAUUUAGCUUCUGUGGAUGUAUCAACAAAGGAGAACCUGGAGGGGUUGAUUAAGGUAGGGAAUAAUCUGUUAAAGAAGCCUGUUUCCAGUAUUUGGAUCUGAGAGGCCGAUCGGAUCCCUGGAAGAACAGGCGACAAUGACCGCAAGGGAACUUGGAGAUGGCGAUG